AUGUCGGAACGCUCCUCUCCUCCGUCCAACUCAUACUUGGAGCCACCGAGGAAGAGCGUGGAGCUCGAAGACCCUGGAGCUCCUGACUUCUCUAAUAGUGAUGACGAACAUUUUUCAGACGCUAGCGAGGGAAAUUCGCGUUCGUGUUCCCGCCCAGUGUCUGGUCGUGCGUCUCCUGUCCCCCGGACUAGGGUGGAGAAAGUCGACGAUACUCCUUCACACGGCGACGUACCAGGGACCUCUGCCUACGAGAAAAGAGAGCAGGAUGCUGUACCGGAUGAAAUUGAGGUGAUCCCCGAAGGAUCACGCAGUCGAAGCACUUCUAUCGCGGGGCAGCGCCGGUCGUUAGGUCCGGGGGGCUCGUCCAUCCCCCGGACCAUGAUAGAGAAGGUUGAUCCGGAUGAGCCAAGUUACGGCGAUGUCCCUGGGACAGAAGCAUACGAAAAUCGAAAAGCAGAUGCGGUUCCUGAUAUUGUCACAAGGACUCCCGAGGCCGGGAGUCGAGCAGUAUCUCCCAGCAGGUCUAGCGAGACCAAUACCACCAAUAUUCCUGUGCCAGAAACGCUAGUCUCUCAAGUAGGCUCUGCACUAGAAGAGGAGACCACGCUGUCAGGGCCACAUGCUCACCGGAGACGGCUGAGUGAUGCUGCACCAGAUGCAACAGAAAUAAUCACAGAUGCUCACGAUCUCGCACCUUCUGUACCGAAUAGCCCCACGAAUUCAAGUCACGUUCAGCGAAAAUCAACCCUAACAGAGGACGACUUCUCCCAACCAGCAGGCGGAGAUGACUUUGAUGACUUCGAGGAAGGGCAAGAUGACGACUUUGGAGACUUUGAUGAUGGUUUUCAAGAGCCAGACGAGGACCUUUCCGAACAGGAACCCAUCAAUAUACAACCCGCUCAGCCCACUACACCCCCUUCGGUUCCACCACUAAUAGAAUUCCACACCAUUCAAUCGCUCUCGGACCUGUACACUACCCUAGACGAACCCCUUGACAGACUCUUCCCUGCCUCCAAAGACGCACUAUCCAACACACCCGAAAUCGAACCCAUCUCGAACUCCUCCGCCAUUUUCAACACCGAACGCUCUCUCUCCCUCUGGUCUCAACUGGUCGCCCCACCCCCGCUCCAGCCCCAAAACUGGGUCAAGUCUCGAAUUCGCCGUCUCUUCCUCGUAUCCCUAGGGGUCCCCGUCGACCUCGAUGAGAUCCUCCCAGCGUCUAAACAAAAGAAAUUAAUCCUCCCUUCCAUCAACUUGGGCGGCCCAGAUUCCACUGCCGCAGGCCCACACUGCCGCACCCACAGCGAAGCCCUGAAGGACCCCCAAAGCGGACCAAACAGUCCGCGCACCUCCAGCACCACCGCGCGCCAACGAACAUCCCGCCGCCGCGAACCCUCCGCCCCACCGGAACUCGACCUCACAGCCGUCCAACGACUCUGCGCAACCACAGACGCGGCCCUCGACGGCUUUUCGGUCUCGGAACUCAAAUCUCACGUCAAAGAAUUAGAGCAGGUCACGCUCCGGGCCAGCGCCGUCCUCGAGUUCUGGCUAAAACUGCGCGACGGACUAGUAAGCGAAAAGGAAGCCUUUGAAGGGGUGAUCGAAAACCUGGUCAACCAUGCUCGACGUGUAAGGAAAUGA